CGCGGACGGAGGGAAGCGCACCCCUGUUGCCAUUCGAUCGCUCCUCAGCGUUGAAGAUCGCAGAGAGUGUGGAGCCCGACCCAAGACGGCUUGGCUCAAGAGUCCGGGAAUAAACCGAGUUUAUUCUAAAAAAAAAAAAAAACACUGAUUCUUAAGGGAAUCAAUCGAGGAAACCCGGGACGAUCAUCACUCCUGUACGUACCGAUGGAUUGGGUGAACAUAUCGAGGAAUCUGGAGAAAAUCUAGCUAUAAUUCGGGAAGCUCCAGGUAGGAGGUAACGUGUGCAUCGCUGGCAAAAGAAAAGGCGUCUGCUUUUCCCAUCGGCCAUGGGCCCGAGACUCCCGCUCCUUCUCAGCCUGGUGCUCCUGACAGCCCCACGCCCAGGAGCCAGCAGUUUUCCAGAGGACAGCGUGCCCAUAGACUCUGUGGAUUACCACUACACAAGGCACUACCCAGUAUUUAGAGGACGACCGUCAGGCAAUGAAUCUCAGCACCGACUGGACUUUCAGCUGAUGACAAAAAUCCAAGACACACUCUUCAUCGCUGGCAGAGACCAAGUGUACCUAGUGAGCUUGCGAGAAUCCUACAGGAAUGAAAUCAUUCCAUACCGGAAAUUAACAUGGAGGUCUGGCCCAGCAGACCGGGAAACCUGCGCCAUGAAAGGGAAGCACAGGGAUGAGUGCCACAACUUCAUAAAAGUGCUGGUGCCCAGGAACGAUGACCUGGUGUUCAUCUGUGGGACCAAUGGCUUCAAUCCCAUGUGUAGAUACUACAGGCUUGACAACCUGGAGUUUGAUGGUGAGGAGAUCAGUGGGCUGGCACGGUGCCCUUUCGAUGCCAAGCAGACCAACGUGGCCCUCUUUGCCGAUGGGAAACUGUACUCUGCCACCGUGGCAGACUUCCUCGCCAGUGAUGCUGUCAUUUACCGUAGCAUGGGGGAUGGCUCAGCGCUGAGAACCAUCAAAUAUGACUCCAAGUGGUUAAAAGAGCCACAUUUUUUGCAUGCUGUGGAGUAUGGAGACCACGUGUACUUUUUCUUCAGGGAGAUAGCAGCAGAGUACAAUAACCUUGGAAAGGCAGUGUACUCCCGGGUAGCGCGGAUCUGCAAGAAUGAUUUGGGCGGCUCCCAAAGGGUGCUGGAAAAGCAUUGGACCUCCUUUGUCAAGGCACGCCUCAACUGCUCUGUCCCAGGGGAAUCAUUCUUCUACUUCGAUGUCAUGCAGUCUGUGACAGACAUCAUUGACAUCAACGGGACUCCUUCUGUGGUAGGGGUCUUCACUACACAGCUCAACAGUAUCCCUGGCUCUGCAGUGUGCGCUUUUUCCAUGGAGGACAUCAAGAAGGCCUUUCGGGGCAGGUUCAAAGAGCAGAAGACACCUGACUCUGUGUGGACAGCCGUUCCCGAGGAGAAGCUACCCAAACCCAGGCCUGGCUGUUGUGCGGGGCAAGGCUUGGCUGAGGGCUACAAAACCUCCAUUGAUUUCCCGGAUGAGACGCUGCUUUUCAUCAAAUCCCACCCUCUGAUGGAUUCAGCCGUCCCAUCGCUCAGCGAAGAGCCCUGGUUUACAAAGACUCGCGUCAGGUACAGGCUGACUGCAGUAGCUGUGGACAACAGGGCUGGGCCCCAUCAAAACUACACAGUUGUAUUCAUUGGCUCUGAGGCUGGGGUGGUCCUUAAGGUCUUGGCUAAGGCUUCCCAGAACUCCCUGAAUGACAGUGUUCUUCUGGAGGAGAUUGAUGUCUUUAACUCAGCAAAGUGUGCCUCCAACAGGGAAGAUGACCGGCGUGUCCUGUCCCUGCACCUGGACAGGGAGAGCCAUGGUCUGUACGUGGCCUUCUCCAGCUGUGUGGUUCGCAUCCCGCUCAGUCGCUGCCAGCGUCAUGCCAGCUGCCACAAAUCCUGCAUAGCAUCUCGUGACCCCUACUGUGGAUGGCUGCCCCACGGAUCCUGCGAGAAAAUCCAGCCAGGCCAAUUGUCUGGAUACGAACAAGAUGUGGAGUAUGGCAACACAGCACAGCUGUCUGACUGUCAUGAAUUUUUGGCUACAACAUCUACGCCAGAUUACAAAUCAUUUGGUGACCCAACAUCUGACAUGGAGUUGCCAUCACCUUCAGUCACCUCAGUGCCAACUGACCUCAUAGAAUCACCUCAAAUCAUUGCCACUCAGAAACCUGAACUGUUUGGUUCAAGGAAAUUUGUGCUUCAAGAGGGCCCGGCUACUUCACAUUCAUACGGGUCAUUACCAGGUGUUCCAGAUGGUAUAUGGGAAGUUCAGUCAGGAGAGUCCAAUCAGAUGGUGCAUAUGAACGUCCUUAUCACCUGUGUUUUUGGUGCCUUUUUGCUGGGAGCACUCAUUGCCGGAAUGAUUGUCUACUGCUACCGGGGUCCUUUCCUCAGAAAGACCAGGAAGAUAAAUAAGGAUGCUGAAUGUGUCCAGUCCUGCACAGACUCCGGUGACAGUUUUGCAAAACUCAAUGGUUUGUUUGACAGCCCCGUGAAGGAAUACCAGGCAAGCAUGGACUCCCCAAAGUUGUACACAAACCUGCUGAGGAACGGCAGAGACAUCACACCCUGUGCCGACACAAAGGCUAUGAUCCUGAGUAGCCAGUGUCAGCCCCCAGAACUAGCUGCCCUUCCUACACCAGAGUCAACUCCCAUUCUCCAACAGAGGAACCUGCAGCCAAUCAAGAAUCACUGGGAGAAGGUACACGGCAAGGGGAACUCAAACUCGUCUCACCGAGAGUCACCUCCAAAGAGCCCUCACUUCUUCCCCGCUAGCCCAGCUCCCCACUCACCCACCACACAUGGGCACAUCCCCAGUGCAGUAGUCCUCCCCAACGCGACCCAUGACUAUCGAGCCUCUUUCACCAACAUGGACGGGCCACGAUCCGAAAGGAAGAUGCAAAAUCCAGAGCUCCAUGUUAACAGCAAACCCGGCAAGAGAGAUGUGCGACACUCAGUGGAUGCAAGGAACACACUGAAUGACUUGCUAAAGCACCUAAACGAGAACAGCAGCCCUCAGGCCAUCCUGGUCGAUGGGCCCAAGUCCCGACACAACUUGAUGCUUGAUCCCAUGAGCAUGUCAGAGAUCCCACCAAAAGUCCCAAGCAGGGAAGCUUCGCUGUAUUCGCCCUCCUCAUCCCUCCCCAGGAACAGUCCCACAAAGCGGGUGGAUGUGCCCAGCACACCAACCACACCCACAGGCCAAAUGAACACUCUGGAGAGACAGAGGGGCAUACACAGGACCCCCUCACAGAGGCACUCUAUAUCGGCCCUUCCCAAAAGCAUGAACUCUCCCAAUGGAGCUGUUGUGUCACGGCAGACCAGCAUGAACCGUGGGGGUUACAUGGCACCCACCCCUCCAUCUAGACUGGACUCCCAUGGGGCAACAACCGGGGGCCAUCUACAGCCCCCCUUGUCCCGACAGAGCAGUUACACAGGCCAUGGCUCCCUGCCUCGAUCAGGUGUCAAGAGGACACCCUCCAUUAAACCAGAUGUUCCCCCAAAACCCAAUGCUUUCACUCCACAGACUGCACAAAUCAGGAUAGUGAACAAGUACAGUUACUGAGCAUGCUCAGUCGGUCUCAGGCCAAAGGAAGUUAAACAGUGAGGCCUAACGAAGGGAUCUUAAUCUGACCCAGCUGACUGCAGUCCGAAGGGUUAUUAGCAUUCAUCAACAAAACCUUUGGGCAGCGGUGUUCUCUGGUUUUCUUUUAUGCCUUUUUUGGAAGGGAAUAUCCAAAGUUUUUGGGAGUAUUCCCAAGGAUGUAAGAGCAGGAAUGAUUCUGGGCAGAGGCCUCCACAAAGAGGACAUCAUUUUUGCACUGUUCUGCUGUUCCAGCACUAGGUGCAAACAAGAAUACUUGAAGAAUUGGUCCCAACAUUUCUUAUCACUGACUACAGUCUUCCCAGUAAAUGUGAACAAAUGUAUGCAUUUUUUCUGGCUGUUACAGGGGGCAAGGAGGAGCUUUAAAACAAACCUGACGUACGGUACAAACAUUUUGGCUGAAAACAUACCUUUGCAGGAUGGUUGCACAGACAGUAGAGGCACCUUAGGUGUGUGUGGGGUACCUGCACGGACCAGGAUUGCGCAUGCAAACUGCAGGAUUUACAUGGAGCGCACCAACGCGCUCACAGGAGGAAGAUGCACCAAACUCACUGAACCCCCCCAUUGUACAUUAAUAUCAGACUCUCUCUGAUGAUGAAUGUUCAGGGUAUCUACUUGGACUACAGAUUCAACUCACUGGAAGACUGCUGAUGCUCGCUGCUACAGAUCCAAUCCCCAACACUGUCUGAGUACAUCGGACUCUGGCAAUUCUUCUGCUGAGCCCUGGUGUGCUCUGCCGUCAGCUCUCAAAGGUAGAGUAAAGGGCCACGAGGCAAAAGGUUGCAUGAUGUGGAGAACACAACGAAUCAGAGCUAGACCAUGUUUCCGGAGACUUCUACAACUCAAACCAGUCUCUGAGGAACUUCAAUGAGUCCAGCUCUGUAUGCCAAAAAUGAGAUGUCUAUCGCUUUGUUUUAACCCUUUUUUUUUCCCCGAAGAACCAAACCACAGACUGCAUAUUUUUGUGUCGUUUUGCGUCUACAACAACAAAGAUGUGGUUUGAGUUUCAAGCACCCAUUUUAAGAAUCUUGUUCAAAUGAAUACGCUUUUGAAAGAUAAUUGUGCAAUCACCUAAACAAAGAGUAAUAAUUGUACCCUAUGGACGUCAUGCCGGUAAUGACAAAACUGUGUGUGUAUAUAAACUUUUUUUAGCUGCGUCCCAAGUCUGUGCAUUGUGUGCCUUAUUUAACUAAUGAUGUUGAAUGAUAAGUGUCCGUAAACAUGUCCAUUGGGUCCAUUUUCAGAAAUAAGUGAUGGCUGAAAAUUCAGAUUUUAGUCACAGUGUGGGAAAUGGAGGCAGCUAAUAGAUUUUUUUUAUCCCUAAGUGGUCUGUUAAAGUUGACAAAUUAAUGUUCAACCGACAAAUGUUCUGUCGGGUUUUUUGGCUGAGCAGAUAGUAUUAUUCCAGAAGCUUAAUGCAAUGUGCAUGAAUGGCAGAAAUGGAAUAGGGCAGAAGACAAGAUUUUUCUUCCUACGUUACUGAAUGUUGCUAAUUAUGACAGUUGUACAUGUCCCUGCAAAAGGAACAGAACAUAAUUUUAAAGGCCUGCUUUGGCCAGCAGAACACCGAACCAGAGAAUAUCAAUAAAUGAUUCCAAAUGACUGUUUUUCAUGGUGCAGGGAUGCUUUCCAGUUUUAUCUCACGUAUACAGUUAACUUUUUAUUGCAGUUAAACUGUAAAUUGGGCCUUUCCUAAAUGUAUUGCAGUUCUAGGACAGCAAGACCAACAGUUUGGUUGCCUGUUAGAAUCCAAAGUUUCUUUCUUCUAAACGCAUUUUGUGUACACAUUUCAGUGAUUGCCUACUCAUCAAACUGGAUGUUACUACAUGCUAAUAAUUGUCGUUUUGUGCAAAGGGAGAUUUGUACAUGUAUACAGUCUUCAGAGGUCUGUAAAUGUCGAGCUGCCUUUUAGAUCUCAAGACAAGGACAGUCUGUUGCAGUUGGAUCUCUUUGAGCCUUUACAUUUCAGCCACAUUGCUGACUUCAUCCUUAAUACUGUGCAAACUGGUGACUGAAAUGCAGUUGUGCUUUUUUUGCAGUCUUUUAAAAGUGUAGAUAUUGUAAAACUUGUAACUGUGAAUGUGUAAAUAAUGUUAACUGUUUUUUGGAAUCUUUUUUAUUUUAUUUUUUAAAUACAGCAUGUAUAGUUGAAAUAAAACAUUACUGCGCAGAGGAUUUUGUAUUUCGGCAGGUAACAUUUUUAUGGUUUUAGGGCAGACUUGCGGCGCUC